AUCUCAGAGUCAAGCACAAAUUGCGGAUUACUCUAAAUUAAGACAUCCUCUGAUGUUUUUAGCUGAUAUGUUACUCAGCAGUAAAACUAAGAAGGCCUGUGGUCUUAUUCUCCUCCUCGUCAUCUUAGUUUUAAGCACUACGAUCCUCUUUCCUCUGUUGACCUCUGUCAUGUCCAGUAUCAACAUAACAAAGACCCCAUCACAAACCAAAAGUCCUCCUCCCCUUCCUAAUCCCAACAUCACGCCUCCUACACCAUUGGUAGAUCCAGCUGUUGUGUCUGCAGCUGUAGAAGAGAAGAUGCAACAUCGUAUUAAAGAGCUGCAGCUGACACAGGAGCAGCUUAUCUUGAGGAUCCAAGCUUUAGAGACCCAAAGUGCCAAGCUGUCCCAAGAUGCAAGCUCCACUUCCGUCCAAGACCAGCCCAGCUCAGAUCUCCAACAAGCCAAAUACAGAGCAAGUACCUCAGACUACGGACGUCCUAUGGCAGAUAAGAUGGCCGACUUUGCUCUGGAGACUCUAGGUGCAAGUGUAAUCUACAAACGGUGUUCGAAGACAUAUCAUACUGGUUCAGCUUGUUUUACCCUGUUUGGUUUCCUUAAUUGGCACCUGUCUGAAAGCCCGCGCACCGUCAUUCAGGGCCACCCUGUGCUGCUCCCUGGAAAAUGCUGGCCGUUUCCAGGUGUUCAGGGGACUCUUGGAAUCUCUCUGUCACACCCCAUCAGGAUCACUCAAGUCACCUUGGAUCACCUGCCCCGCUACAACUCCCCCACCGGCCGCAUUGACUCUGCCCCCAAAGAAUUUGAAGUUUAUGGAUUGAAAAACAAAGAAGAAGAAGGAACUCUGCUGGGGACAUUCACCUAUGAUAAAGACGGUGAAUCAACCCAGACGUUCAAGCUGCCAAACCCCAGUGAUGAUGUGUAUCGACAUGUGGAGCUGCGUGUACUCAGUAACUGGGGUAAUGACAAACACACAUGCCUUUACCGCUUCCGUGUCCAUGGACAGAUCGCCUCCACAUGAGACUCAAGAUCCCCUUCAGCAAAUGAAAAGAUAUCUACAUCUUGAAAUAACAGCCCCCUGACCACGCCUCUGCCACUCAGCUAUUGAUGUCGGGUUUUCUCCGGGUUCGCUCCGGUUCUCCCAAACUAUCCUGAAUUUAAUUGUUAUGGAUUAAUUUAAAAAAAAAUUGAAUUCUGUAAAAAUGUAAAGUGUAAUAAAAUGUUGUUACAUUUCCA